AUGCAAGGACGCGCAGAGCAGAGAUGCGAAGAGAAGAGCCGAGAAGAGACGGCAAGGUGGACGACGGACGCACGAGCGGAGCGGAGAGAAGGAAGAGAAGGGUGCGCAGAGACGCAAGAGACAGCAAUGAGAAUACGAAACGGACGAAUGAGCCACCGCGCCCCGAAGAAGAAGAAAGAAGCGCAAGAGACGAGAAACGCGAAGAGACGAGAAGCGAAGAGACGAAGCGAAGGAAGAGCAGGAGAAGAGCGAGGAGCAGCAGAGGAGAGGAGCGAAGAAGGAGACGGCAGAGACCGAGCGGAGAGGGCGAGAAGAAGGAAGGGAAGACUACAAGAGCUCGCACGAGUAAGAGAGCAACGCGACAGAAGCGAAGCGAGAAAGAGAAUAAGAUACAGAGAUGGAAGAGAAAAGCGCAGCGAAGAGCGAGAAGGACGAGCCGAAGCCAGAAAAGAACAAGAAGAGAAGAGAUGCGAAGCGCACGAGAAGAGAAGCCUAAUGGGGAAGCGCCGAGACGAAGAGGCGAGACGGCAGACGCCCUCAGCGAAGCUGGCAACGAAGACAAAAGAGAAGAAGAAGAGGAGAAGAGAGAGGAAGAAGAAGAAGAAAACAGAGAAAGCCGCGCCAGCUCAGGGAAGAGAAAAGAGAGGAAGAGCCGACGAGCGAAAAGAAGAGAAAAGAGAAGAGAAGAACAGAAAGAAACGAAGCAGGGCCAGAACGGAGACGCCGAGCGCGAAGCGACGAGCAGACGAGAAGAGCAAGAUGAGCAAAGAAGACAAAGCGAAGAAGAAACGGAAGAGGAAAGGAGAAGAGAAGAGAAAGCGAGAAGAGAAGAAGACAGGGCCGGCACGCGCAGAGAAGCGAGCAGAAGGCUCACCGCGGCCAGAGAAGAGCAGAGCAGCAGUGACAAGAGAAGAAGAGAAAGAAACGAAAGAGAAGAGGAAGCAACGAAAAGAAGAAAUAGCACGAACCGCGACGAACGACAAGAAAAGUCAGAAGAGAAGAGAAGCGAAGAAGAUAAGUAAGACCCGGCCGACCAACAGAGACGCAGAAAAGAUAGAAGCGUACGAGCAGCUCGCAAAGAGCCGAGAUGAAAAGAGAAGUAAGACAAAGAGCAGAGAAGAAGAGCGAGCCCCGCGCGAGACAGCUCAGACAGCAGCGCCAGCCGAGCACAAGAAAAGAGACGGAAAAAAGAAAGAAAAGGAAAAGCAGAGGAUCGAGCCGGCCUAA